UUUAAAAUUUGAGAAUCCUGAUGAUUAUAGAUUUGCUCUGUGUGAGGGUCCUUGGUUUAUUGGUGGACAUUAUCUCUCGAUGAGAAGAUGGUCACCUAAUUUCAAACCCUCUGAAGCUUCAAUUCACACAACAUUGGUGAAAAAAUUUCAGAGGAGAAUGUGCUUGGUGGCAAAGAUCGUCCUGUUAAUGAAGAGGAAAGUUUCGGUUCAUGGAUGUUGGUUGAAAAAAAGAAGAAUAAGGCUAGAGGAAAUGGUACUCGUAUUUCCAACCACAUGGUGCAGGAUAAUAAGAUAAAUUCUAGGUUCAAUUCUUUAGAUGCAUAGAAUUCUUCUGAUGGAGGGAAUGGCUAUGCUGAUCAGGGAUAGGUUAGUGUGAAUAACACCAGAAGCAAUAAUAUUUGGACAGUUGUAACUGGAAGAAAACAGAAUGGUGUUGCAAGUAGUGGUUUGCCUAAUCAUCGUGGUGAGGCUAACCAACCGGUGCAGGACAUAAAUAGGGGGGGUAUCCAACAGGUUUGCUUCACUUGCAUAUCAGAAUUUGGUUAAUCAUAAUAGUCAUGAGAGAACAUUUAAUACUCAAAAUGGUAACAAUCAUAGUGAUUAUAGUGACAUGCAUGGUGGGAAAGAUGAUAGGUUUGCACAUCAGUUACAUAUUAAAUAAGUGAAUGCUAAUAAUGAGGUAUUGCAAGCAUCUUCAGGUAGGAAUUCUAAUCGCAAGAAAAGUAGUUCUGCCAAUAAGGAUAGUGGAAGGGAAUUAAUGAUGGAAAAAUUAAUGACCCAAAGGCUAUAAGUAAAGGUAAAAACAUAAUGGAUGAAUCAACAAUUGAAAAUCAGAAAAAUGGAACUCAACCAUCCUCUACUCCAGAAGUUUUCACAAUCUUAUCCAAGGUCGUCAGUGGUGCAGAGGAGGGUAGAAGAUUUACUAGUGAGGAGAGCACAAGAGGAGCUUCAGGCUACGCAGAACCAUCUCACAGAAAUAGUGAUAGAAAAAAUUACAAGGGUGGACAUCAAACUCCAGAUGAUGGAGGACAUUGCUCAUUUGAGAAGCCAGCUGAACCAAGUGUUACCAGCAAUAGUGCAGACACAAGAUCAACCGGACUGGAGUAUAUUUUUGGACAGAGUCCAACAGACUGUGAUUCCAUUAAUAAUUUCACCUUCAAACUGGACACACUUGGAUCCGGAGGAGUUUCUAAAUCAGGGAAAGGAAGAACUAGAUUGCGUGUCAAAGAUGUGGCUAGAUGCAACAACUCUGGAGGUGGAAUUAGCUCCAAUGGUGGAUACCCCAGCUCUUGUAAGAAGCCCAAACGAUCUGUCGAAGUUCGAGAUGCUCUUUACUGCUCAUUUGGACCCGGAAAUGUUUUACCAACGGAAAUUCAAGACCAGGCUCACUCCAUUAUUGGAGCUGAACAAAGCAGCGGUGGCAAGGAGGAUGGGAUUCAUAGAGGUCCUUCCCGGUUCUUAUCAGUUCCUAAUGUCUUUAAAAAUUUGUCGAUGAAGAUUUUAGUAUGGAAUUAUAGGGGUGCUGCUAGACCCUCUUUUACUCGUGUCAUGAGGAAAUUGAUCAAGAGACAUAAGCCAAAUAUCGUGGCUUUGCUUGAGACAAGAGUGCUUGCUUCUCAUGCGGUAGGUAUUGUUAGGCACCUGGGUUAUGAAGAGUCCAUAUUGGUUGAUCCCGAGGGAUUCUCUGGGGGAAUAUGUCUGUUGUGGAAUCCGGAGGAGGUGGAUAUUCAAGCCACUAAACGGACAAGAUGGGCGCUCCAUGCUGUGGUCAGCGUGAAAUCCAAGAGUCCUUGGAUUUUGUCCACAAUUUAUAGAAGCACUAAUAAGUCCAAUAAAAGGACGGUGUGGAAUGAACUUCAAACUGUGUCUGAUAUCUCUAAUUCUGACUGGAUGGUGAUGGGAGAUUUGAAUGUCAUUGGUAGCUGUCAGGAAAAGAAAGGUGGAAGAAAUCCUUCUCAUAGCAAAAUUGCUGAACUAAGAGAAGUCAUGGACAGCUGUGGUCUUAUUGACUUGGGUUUUAAUGGGCCUAAAUACACUUGGAACAACAAGAGAGUGGGAGCUGCUAAUAUUAAGGAGCGAUUGGACAGAGCCGUUGCCAACUCAAAUUGGAUCAAUAGAUUCAGCAAGGCUCAGGAGGUGAAUGUUGAGGAGAUUAAGACUGCUGUUAAACAGUUAGGUUCCCUCAAGGCUCCCGGGCCUGAUGGUCUUCAAGGUAUUUUCUAUACUAAAUACUGGAAUUAUGUGGGCUCUAGUGUUAUUGCUCUUGUAAGAAAUUUCUUUCAGAAUGGCCAGUUGGAUGCUAGACCGAAUAAAACUUACAUUGCAUUGAUACCUAAGGUGAGUAAUCCUUCCACUGUUAAGGAGUACAGGACUAUUAGUUUGUGUAAUUUUAGUAUGAAAAUUAUCACUAAUAGAUUGAGACCUAUUCUAGGCAAAAUUGUCUCUCAUAACCAGCAUUCUUUUAUCCCAGGUAGAUCCCUUUUUGAGUCUGCCAUUAUUUGUAAUGAAAUAAUUCAUUCGUUCAAAUCUAAAAAAGGGGUGAAAGGUUGGAUGGCCCUCAAGAUUGACUUUGGUAAAGCCUAUGAUAGGAUUAGUUGGGAAUUUAUACACAAAAUCUUUCUCCUCACAGGUUUUAAUCAUAUGUUCAUUGAUUGGAUUAUGAAAUGUGUAACUUCUGUUUCCUUUCAAGUUCUUAUCAAUGGUUCUCCUAGAUCUAGGUUUACUCCUACUAAUGGUUUGAGACAAGGGGAACCUUUGUCCCCUUACCUUUUCAUCUUAUGUCUUGAAGCCUUAACUAGGUUGUUGAAUAAAGGCAUAAAAAAUAAAUCUCUUUCUGCUUUUGCUAUUGCAAGGGGUGCCUCCCAGAUUUCUCACUCUUUGUUUGCUGAUGACAGUAUCAUGUUUUUGAAGGCUUCUUACAAAAAUGCUGUGAAUCUUAGAGUGUUAUUAGACAAGUUCUGUGCUUGGUCUGGACAGCAAAUCAGUGAUGGUAAAUCCACCUUAUUGACCUCUUCAAAUUUGGGAAGGAUCUUCACUAGGGGUAUGGCUAAUGCUUUAAGGGUUCGAGUUUCCACGAAUCCUGGGAUGGAAGUCUAAAAACCUAAACAUGGGUGAGAUGCUUGAAAAAGUAGGACAUAUGGUGCAGGGAUGGAAGUCUAAAAACCUAAACAUGGCUGGGAUUGGAGGUAUCAGUAGGAAGGAAGGAGGAGAUUUUGUUGCUUGUUACAGUAAACAUAUUUUCAAGAACACAAAUAAUGUUGCAAAAGUUUGGGCCAUUAGAAAGGUCUUCGUCUGGCUGUGGAGUUUGGGAUUACUAAUCUGGAGGUGGAGAGUGACUCAGAUGACGCAAUCCAACUGUGCAAAGGAAGUUCUCAGCCGCAGUGGGAAAUUAAGAGGCUUGGUGGGGAAAUUAAGAGGCUUGGUGGGCCAAUUCAACCAGGUGAAGUUCAGUCAUCGUUGCGGAGAAGCAAAUAAUGUGGCUAACAAACUUGCUAAAGUUGGAGCUUUUAAGGAAAGUGAAGGCAUUUGGAUAGGAAAUUUGUAGUUAGGUUUUUAGUUUCUUUAUUUCAAAAUGAUGUAAUGGGGGUUACUACUCCUAGAAUUGUCAACUACAGCUCUAGCUAGUCUUUGUUAGAGGCCUGCUUAUCGAAAAAAAAGAAGAUAACAUGUUGAAAGAGAAAUAUUUACAAGAGGUAUACAUUGUGAUUAAAACUCUA